AAAAUUGCAGUAUAAAAGUAUGCGUAUUACAGUGUCCCCGCAUUCUCCCCUCUAUAGAUACGCUCAUAUUUUGUAUUCGCCUUCAUUUCUCCCAUUGCUUUUGUGAGUUGAUUCAAGACUCCGAAUUCAUUUCACACAUCCUCUCUAGAUGGCUGCUCAGAAAGUUGUAUUGAAGCUUCUAACCAUGACCGAUGAGAAGACCAAGCAGAAAGCCAUCGAAGCUGCUGCUGAUAUUUAUGGAGUAGAUUCAAUAACAACGGAUUUGAAAGAGCAGAAGAUUACAGUGAUAGGAGAAAUGGAUUCGGUGGCAGUGGUGAAAAAGUUGAAGAAAGUAGGCAAGGUGGAUAUCAUCUCAGUGGGGCCAGCCAAAGAAGAGAAGAAAGAAGAAAAGAAAGAAGAGAAAAAAGAAGAGGAGAAGAAGGAAGAGAAGAAGGCAGAUGAAAAACCUGCUGAGAAAAAAGAAGAAGAGAAGAAAUGAGAUUUUUACAGUCCAUCUGGUCUUAGUUACCACAUAUCAUACUUUUACUUGAUCCACUGCUCUUAUUAUUAUACGAGCUUCAAUAAAACUGUUUUUUUUCUUUU